AUGGUGGAGAGGAGGAUUCAGGAGGUGGUCGGCGAGUCCUUCCAGAGGAUGGAGGACUUGAUCCGGUCCUUGGUCGGCGGCGGGGCCCGUGAUAGCGGCGCCGCGGCGAUCCCCUCCAACCCUCGAAAGGGAGGAGGGGGUGCCAUGAGGGGCCGCCCGGUUCCCGGGGCCGACCAGGGGGGCGGAGCGAAGGGGGCAAACCCCCCGGAGAAGGAUGCGAAUGAUGCGGGGGAGGGGACCAGGAAGAAGAAGAGGAAGAAGAAGAAGAAGGUCCCCCUCUCGCGGCAGACGCAGAGGGUGGAAGAGGCGGGUCCCUCAAACACAGGGACCGCCAAGCCCCCCCAACCCGCCGCGGGUGUCGAGACAUACGUGACGGUGCUGGGGAGGAAAAGUAGGGCCGCGGAGAAGAAGGCGGCCAAGGGUGCCUCCAGGGCGGCUGCCCCCGGUCCCCCGGCGAAAGGGCGGACCGGUGGGGCGCCUAAGAGGGCUCCCAGGCGGAGGGUCCCGCGGACGUCGGCCGUGGUAGUCACUCGACCCAGUGGCGACUACCGCGAGACCAUUGCCAUGUUAAGGCAGAGUAUUAAACUCGAGGACCUUGGCAUCGGGGGCCGGAUCAACAUUAGAUAUGGGGCCACCGGUGCCAGGGUCAUCAAGGUCACUGGGGAGGGCCAUGCCGACAAAGCCGAUCUGCUCGCGGAGCGGAUUAGGCAGGUCCUCCCCGAGGAGGAGGGAACGCGGGUCGACCGACCGCGAAAGAUGGCCGAGGUCCGCUUGCGGGACCUAGACGAUUCCCUGGGAGUCGAGGAGGUGAGGGGGUGGGUGGCCGACGCGGCGCGGUGUAGCGUCUCCGAUGUCCAAUGCGGAGCGCUGCAGCCGGCCGCCGGAGGCACGUUUAGCCUUUGGGCCCGCCUACCCCUCACCGCGGCGAAGGAGAUCUCCCAGCAGGGGAGAAUCAGGGUUGGCUGGGUGAUGGCCAGAGUGGCCCUCCUCGAGGCACGGCCCAUGCGUUGCCACAGGUGCCUCGAGAGGGGCCACACGAGGGCGAUGUGCUCCAGUGAAGGGGAUAGAAGCGGGAGGUGUUACCGGUGCGGCGAAGCCGGUCACACCUCCCGCGACUGCCGGUCUGCCCCGAAGUGCCCUUUGUGCACCGACAAGGGCAGGCCGGCAAAGCACGUUCUGGGCGCAAAGUCCUGCGCCCAGAAGAACGUGCGUGGGAGGCCACCGGGGCAGCGCGCCAUGGAGCAGGCGCCUGCCACCGGCGCUCCCCCCCCGGCCGAAGCGCGGCCGACGGAGGAGGAGAAGGAAGAAGCGGGUGGCCCAACCCAGGAGCCGCAACCGCAGCACCAACCCAGCGGGGCGCCAAGGAAGAGGGCCUCACCUCCACCGGAGGCCAUGGAGGCCAACGUGAACCACUCUCCACAGGCUCAGGAUCUGCUCCAGCAGAGCAUGGUGGAGAGUGGGUUCACGUUGGCGAUCGUGUCCGAGCCCCACCGCCCCCCGAGAGACAGCCCAUAUUGGGCUGUUGAUAACGGGCAGGCGGGGGACUCGGUCGCGAUUCGGUGGCGGUCGGUGCCGGGAGGACCUGGCACGACCGUCAUCGAAAAGGGACAACGGCAUGUCGCCGUUCAAUGGGGGCCCAUCGCGGUCGUUGGGGUCUAUUUAAGGCCCACCAGACGCCUCGCCCUGUUUAGGGGCUGGCUAUCGGACAUAGGACGGACGGUCCUACGUCUGAGUCCGAGGCCGGUCCUCGUGGCCGGGGACUUCAACGCGUGGCACACGAGUUGGGGUUCCCGGCGCACGAACAGUAAGGGGCAGGCUCUGGAUGAGUGGGCGGCGGAGCACGGGCUGGUCCUCAGGAACGAGGGCCGGACCCCCACCUGCGUGCGGACGCAGGGGGAGUCCAUCGUGGACCUCACGUGGGCUACCUCCUCGGCCGCGCGCUUGAUCACUGGGUGGAGGGUGGAGCGGGACAUCGAGACUCUGUCUGACCACCGUUACAUAACGGUGGAGCUCGGUGUCCUCUCCCCCGUGCGCCGCCAGGAGACGCGACCGCGAUGGGCCCUCCGCAAACUGCGAGGACGCCCUGAUGGCCUC